CUGAGAGCAGACCAUGUCCGAUUUGCAAGAGAACGUGGGUGGCACUGCAGCAUGAUGUCUACAAGAAAGCAAGUGGCAGAAAUUGAGAGAGGAAUCGAAAAGCGCAGCAGCUUGAGCUGCUGUUGCUAAUUGCAGGUUUAUCGCAGUGAGGAAUAUAUUUCGGGUGGGCGGGAGGGAGGGAGGUGGACCUCCUACUGUCAGACGUGAUUUUUGCAGCGUUGACGCGGGUGUUGAUCUACGUCUGAAUUGCGAAGCUCCUGAAACGACUGCUGUCUGAGUAGUUGGGCGAUUAAACCAGGACGGCACGCAGGCAUGGAGUUCGGUGGGCAAAUUCCUUACGGAGGGAGAGAUGGUUAACCUGAUUGUUGGAGAUUGAAGUUGAAUCAUCAACUCCACUACCAACUGCCACACGAAGUGUCUCGAGAAGUGGUAGAAAUCCCUGGUGAGUUUUGUAAAUAAGACGGGACUUCGGCUCAAUGAAUUUGGAACAACAAGGGUGCUGAUGCACUUCUAGGACUAGAAUCAUGGACUUCAAGGACACUGCAGCGAGAGAAUCCGGUAAAGUGAAGGAGAAGGUGGGGUCGAAGGAGGUCGACUGCCAAGCCGCCGUGAAAUUCCACAUGUCUGCUUUCUCCGACCUGCGCAUCUACCUGGUUUACGUUCUCAUAGCCGCUUGCUGUUUCUUGAUACUCCUCGCACAGCUCCUUCCUCUUCGAAGCUUAGACAAGUCCCAGCUGCCGUGCAACGACAGCGUCAGUAUUGUAAGUCCCGAGACGAAUCUCGAAUUCCCCAUCGACCCACUCUCGAAAUCUUUUCUCCAUGAGAACAUCAUUAAUAAGUCCUCCUUAGAUAUCAGCAAAGGGGAGCUCCGCGUUUUCAAGCCUCAUGGAUUAGCUAUGCACUUGUUUAUUGAAAUGGGCGCGUACCGAGGUGGCCCACGGGUAUUCUCAGUUGUGGGACUUAUUGCGAAGCCGAUUCAGACGUUUCAUAAGCCGCCAUAUGUGUGUGAGUGGGUCACCAACGUAGGAAGGACCAUCAAAGGGAGGGCAAGCAAGAUUCUGCCGGAUUGGAACUAUGGCAGACUUUACACUGUCGUGGUGAUCACAUGCACAUUCAGGGUGGACGUAGGGGUACAGAAAGAGGGCGGGGAGCUCGUUUUGCAGGUCAGCUAUGGCGACCAGUUCAGGCAACCAGAGAAGAUUGUGGUUCUCACUGAGAGGCGGGGGCAAUACAAUGCGACGAUGUUCGAUCCGCCCUACCCAUAUGACUACGUCUACUGCGGUUCAUCACUUUACGGAGAUGUAAGCCCGCAGAGGAUGCGCGAGUGGCUAGCUUACCACGCGCACUUCUUUGGCGAGAGGUCACACUUCAUGUUCCACGAUGCUGGCGGGUUCCACCCCCAAGUGUGGAAAGUGUUGGAUCCGUGGAUUAAGAAAGGGCGAGUCUCGGUGCAAAACAUCCAGCAGCAGGAAAUCUACGAUGGGUACUAUCACAACCAGUUCUUGGUUGUGAACGAUUGCCUCUUUAGGUCGCGGUUCAUGGCGAAUUGGACCUUCUUCUUCGACGUGGAUGAGUAUCUACACGUGCCUCCGACGACUACUCUCGACAAGGUGCUGAAUGACAAUCCGAACGUCACCCAAAUAACGUUUGAGCAGGUUCCAAUCUCAAACAAUCUCUGCGUCGCGGACAACAUCACAACUGAUGGUCACGCAAGAAAAUGGGCAAUUGAGAAACUAAUGUACAGAAAAGUAUUGAGGUCGGGGGUUCGCUACGACCGCAAGUAUGCUGUGCAAGCCCGGUAUGCAGCCGCGACAGGGGUUCACAUGUCUAUGAACAUGAGAAAGGGGAAGAAUAUGUAUCCGAAAGGAUACAAAAUCAGGUACUAUCACUACCACGACACAAUCAAUAAGCGAGAGGAGCUAUGCCAAGCAUUCGUCUCUCCGCAGAACAAAACUUCGCUGCAGCGGCAUCAGCGUCAGAACUACCGAUUAGAUGAGACGCUGGCCAUGACAACCCAACUUAUCAAAGAUUACGAGCGCCGAACAAUUGGGUCCCUACCAUUUAUCGUGUAGUAGCCCCAACCAACCCCCAAGUAUAAAACCACACACUACAAGCGGCUUGCUACAGACAUGUCGUGGAACUCAGGGCGUCGUGACUAUAUUGGAGGCCGCCCUAUUCUCGAAUCUGCAACAGUUUUCCUCCCUCGAGACGAGCCCAAGGGAGGCCUGGCACUGCGUCAGAUGCACACCAGAGAGUGGUCGCCGGUUGAUAGGAAACCUCAUGAUCUGCAAGCAGAUCGGAAACCCUAAAAAUGGGAGUUUCUGUGAUUUCUUCGACAAAAACAGGCUGGAAACCAACUCGGAUCAUACCCUAAUUGGAGAAGGGCUUGUCCUUGACCAGCACCUGUUGAACAAGAACGCCCUCCGACAUUGUGUGCUGUUGGGUACAUUCUACUUCCUUGGCCUUGUGGGUGUGUCAUGACGCCCCCAGAUCGGAAUUAGGGUUUUCGGACGCGACGCUCAUUGAAAAGGCUCCCAUGGCCUUGGCACGUUCUUCUGGGAAGCUUGUCUUUUUAUGAUGCAUUCUUCAAGUUUGAAAUGCAUGGCUCGUGGUGACAUAUCCAACACGUUGUUUUUCAUUUCAGUACCUUUGUUUUAUUUAUGAAGAGUGGAGGAAUUAUUAUGGAAGUGAACUAUUGAUGUACUAUGUGUUUUGGUGUAAGCAAAAACUUCCUCACAAAUUUUUAA